AUUUAAAUUGCGCGGAUGCGGAGCUGCAGCUGAUUUGCUGAUGCCAGGGAGCCAGUGCAGCAUUUCAUGGUGCAGGGUGGAAACACUGCGCAGUCUGGCACGGAUCGGCGCAAUCUGCGGACCUCACACAUGCCAGCCCCGUCGGAAAGAUGCCGCCAGCUGUCAAGAUUUGGGCGUUAGUUUGUGUGUGGCUGAGCUGCCUGUUUGAGCCUGGUCACCUGAAGAAAAAUUAUCGAUGUCCUUCAGCAUGCAGCUGCUCCAAGGAGUCGAUCAUCUGCGUCGGAUCCUCCUACGUCCCGAGAAUUUCCCCCAACGACAUCAAUUCUUUGAGUAUCGUCAAUGGGACCUUCUCCGAGGUGAAAGAAGCGAUGUUUGCUCACAUGCCAUCCCUCCAGUUACUGCUUUUGAAUUCCAAUUCUCUCACAAUGAUAAGGGAUGAUGCAUUCACAGGCCUUCCACACCUCGAGUACUUGUUCAUUGAGAGCAACAAGAUAGAGACUGUGUCCAAGUUUGCCUUCAGAGGUCUCAGGGACUUGACUCACUUGUCUUUGGCAAACAAUAAAAUUAAAGUCUUACCCAGGAACCUCUUCGCUGACCUGGACUCACUGAUAGAGCUGGACCUUCGGGGCAACGCCUUUGAAUGUGACUGUCGUACCAAGUGGCUGAUGUCAUGGCUGAAGAACACAAACGCCACCGUGUCCGAUGUUCUGUGCGUUGGUCCGGAGGGCAUGAAAGACAAGCGUCUCAAUGAUGUGACCAGCCUGCACGAUGAAUGCGUCUCAACAGACUUCGUCCUCCAUCAGUCCAUAGCAUCUGAAUCUCUGUCUGUUGACACAUUUACGUAUAAGAGUGAUGUCUAUGUGACGAUUGCUGCUCCCAGCACAGAGAGUUGUAUGGUUUUCCAGUGGGACCACAUAGAAAUGAACUUCAGGACGUACGACAACAUCACAGGUCAAUCCAUCGUGGCGUGUAAAGCUGUUGUUAUCCAGGAUCAGGUGUUUGUCAUUGUGGCUCAGCUCUUUGGUGGCUCUCACAUCUACAAAUUUGAGGAGGAGCAAAGCAGGUUCAGCAAGUUCCAGGAUAUUGAGGUAUCCAAGAUCUCCAAGCCCAAUGACAUUGAAGCGUUCCAGAUCGGCACUGACUGGUUCUUUGUGAUUGCCGACAGCUCAAAAGCAGGCUUGUCGACCCUCUACAAGUGGAACGACAAAGGCUUUUAUUCAUACCAGUCACUGCAUGAGUGGUACCGUGACACCGAUGCAGAGUUCUUGGACUUGGAUGGAAAGGCUCACCUUCUCUUGGCGAGCCGCUCACAGGUGCCUGUAAUCUACCAGUGGAGCCGGAGCAACCAGAAGUUUGUACUUCAGGGUGAGAUCCCCAACAUGGAGGAUGUGGUAGCUGUGAAACACUUCAGAAUCAAGCAGGAACUCUACUUGUCUUUGACACGCUAUAUUGGUGACUCCAAGCUCUUGCAUUGGGGUGCUAAACAGUUUUCUGAGGUCCAGGCUUUGCCAUCGCGAGGCUCCAUGAUUCUCCAGCCAUUCGCUUUCAAAGAACGUUACUAUCUGGCUCUAGGAAGCGAUUACACGUUCUCACAGAUCUACCUGUGGGAUAAUGACAAGCAACUCUUUGAGCGCUUCAAGGAGGUGUACAUCCAGGCACCACGCUCCUUCACUGUGGUUUCCACCGACCGCAGAGACUUCAUCUUCGCGUCGAGCUUUAAGGGAUACAUGCAGAUCUUUGAGCACAUCAUCAUCGACUUGAGCUUGUAAGGGGCUGUGCGUAUUGACCCCCUGUUGCGAACAAACGUCUUCCACUCUGAAGAAGAUACUUUUGUGAAGGGACAGAUACUGUGAUAUAUUAGUUCCUCUUUCAAACUAUGUUGCAUAUAGAGUCUGAGUUUGGGCUUUAGUUUUUCGAAGUAUGCUUGACUGUGCGUCAUUGGCCUUGCCCUUGUUACUUGGACUUUAAAAGGCACCGCCAUUUCUGGAUAGCCAUGAGGGACAGACAAGAUGAAGGACAUUUGGACAGACGGGAUAGAAGGAUAACUGAAGCUUCAGAAGGCUAUUCCCAUGUAAAUUGUUUAAUACCUGGAAAAACCAAUAUCAGGAUCUUACAAGUACCCAAAGUUUGGUAGCUUUUAUUUUUGGUAAAAGCAAAUGAUGUACUAACAGGUGUGGUUGAUGUACUAACAGGUGUGGUCGGUGUCCUCUGUUUCUAAACCCGAUUCAGAAAGUAUGUUGCCUUACUAGCACUGGAGAUUGCUGCUCUGUUGAGUUCACAGUGCCUCCUUCUGGCCGUGAUGAAGUAUCACACCCUUCUCUUCGUACAGGGAAAUGUCAAAGCACAAACCUUUAAUUCCAGUAGGUGAGGACCCAGUUCUUAGUGUAGUUGGUUAGUCAAAAUUGUGACAGUAGGUGCUACAUAGAUUAUGUUGUGUAAAGUAUAAAAAAAAAAAAUAGGAGGUUUGUUGUCAAAAGUGAAACAAUUCAGGACAAACUAUAAAAGCCUUCUUAGAAAAACGUAUACAAGUAGGAGAUCCCAGUUUAGAUACAACAAAAAGAAAUAAGUGGUGUAGAUAAGACCUUUUGUUGUUUAGUGAAAACAUCUCGAUGUCAGGGAAACUAAACCUGCGUACACAUUGUAAAAAGUAUUGCUUUUAAAUGCAAUUGUAAUUUAUAAAUUCUUUGUAGGCUAUCUGAUGAUGUUCUUUGUU